AUGGGCCAAGGGAGCAUCACCAAAUUCUUCCAGAAAAAGUCGCUCCUCCGCUUCGUGCAGAAAUAUCAGCCCCUGGGAAGCGGCGAGCCGGAGGAGGAGCCCCAGCAGGAGUGUGAGCUGAAAAUCAUCCAGCAGGAGCAGGAGGUGGCAGUGCUGCCCCCGAAGGACGCCUGUAAAUGCCACAAGGAGGACUUGGCAAGAGCCCUCAACGUUGAUUUACAGACUGGACUCUCUGAGUUUUCCGUGCUCCAGCGCCGGUCAAAACAUGGCUGGAAUGAAUUUUCAGUAGAGAACACAGAGCCAAUAUGGAAGAAAUAUCUGGACCAGUUCAAAAACCCCCUCAUCCUCCUGCUGCUGGCCUCAGCUCUGGUGAGCGUCAUCACCAAGGAGUACGAGGACGCCGCGAGCAUCACCAUGGCCGUGCUCAUCGUGGUCACCGUGGCCUUCAUCCAGGAAUAUCGCUCAGAAAAGUCCCUGGAGGAGCUCAACAAGCUGGUGCCCCCCGAGUGCAACUGCCUAAGGGAAGGAAAACUGCAGCACCUUCUAGCACGAGAGCUGGUGCCUGGAGAUAUCAUCUACCUGUCUGUGGGUGACAGGGUUCCUGCAGACCUCAGGCUCAUCGAGGUUACAGAUCUGCUGGUGGAUGAAUCCAGCUUUACUGGGGAAGCUGAGCCUUGCAACAAGACUGAGGGUGUGCUGCUGGAGGCUGGGGACAUCACCACGCUGAGCAAUGUGGUUUUCAUGGGGACCCUGGUGCGAUACGGGAAGGGGAAAGGCGUGGUUAUUGGCACGGGCGAGAAUUCGCAGUUUGGCGAGGUGUUCAAGAUGAUGCAGGCUGAGGAGACUCCCAAGACACCUCUGCAGAAGAGCAUGGACAGGCUGGGGAAGCAGCUGACCCUGUUCUCCUUUGGGAUAAUUGGUUUGAUAAUGCUCAUUGGCUGGCUGCAAGGGAAGCAUCUCCUCAGCAUGUUCACCAUUGGAGUCAGCCUGGCCGUGGCUGCCAUCCCUGAGGGGCUGCCCAUCGUGGUCACUGUCACCCUGGUGCUGGGAGUGCUGCGCAUGGCCAAGAAAAAGGUGAUUGUGAAGAAGCUGCCCAUAGUAGAGACCUUAGGUUGCUGCAAUGUCAUCUGCUCGGACAAGACGGGCACUCUGACCGCCAACGAGAUGACGGUGACGCGGCUCGUGACCUCGGACGGCUGCCAGGCUGAGGUCAGCGGGGUGGGCUACAAUGGAGAUGGAAAUGUUUAUCUUCUGCCAUCCAAGGAGAUCCUUAAAGAAUUUUCCAACAUCUCCAUCGGGAAACUCGUGGAGGCUGGCUGUGUAGUCAAUAAUGCUGUUAUCAGGAAAAACACUGUGAUAGGACAGCCCACAGAAGGAGCUCUCAUUGCCCUGGCAAUGAAGAUGGAAUUAGCUGACAUAAAGGACAUUUAUGUAAGAAAGAAGGAAAUUCCAUUCAGCUCCGAGCAGAAAUGGAUGGCUGUGAAAUGCACACUGAAAAAUCAGGAUCAGGAAGAUAUUUACUUUAUGAAAGGAGCAUUUGAGGAAGUUAUCCAGCACUGCACUCUGUACAACAGUGGUGGCAUCUCUCUGUCACUCACACCCCAGCAAAAAGCCCUGUACCAGCAGGAGGAGAAGAGAAUGGGCUCCUCAGGACUUAGAGUACUUGCUUUGGCUUCAGGUCCAGAACUUGGCAAACUAACAUUUCUAGGUCUGGUGGGAAUAAUAGAUCCCCCAAGGGCUGGGGUGAGAGAAGCUGUGCAAAUCCUGUUUGAGUCUGGUGUGUCAGUGAAGAUGAUCACUGGAGAUGCCCUGGAAACAGCUGUGGCUAUAGGACAGAACAUUGGUCUCUGCAAUGGGAAGCUGAAAGCCAUGUCUGGGGAAGAGCUGGACCAGCUGGCAGAGGCAGAGCUCUCCUCCACUGUCCAAAAUGUUUCCAUUUUCUUCAGAACAAGCCCAAAGCACAAACUAAAAAUAAUAAAGGCCUUGCAGAGGGCUGGUGCUGUGGUGUCCAUGACAGGGGACGGGGUCAACGACGCCGUGGCCCUGAAAUCGGCCGAUAUCGGCAUCGCCAUGGGACGGGCGGGCACAGACGUCAGCAAAGAGGCUGCCAACAUGAUCCUCGUGGACGAUGACUUCUCAAAAGUCAUGAAUGCAAUAGAAGAGGGAAAGGGAAUAUUUUACAACAUAAAGAAUUUUGUCCGGUUCCAGUUGAGCACGAGUAUUUCAGCUUUGAGCCUAAUUACCCUGUCAACAGUGCUCAACCUGCCCAACCCACUCAAUGCCAUGCAGAUCUUAUGGAUCAACAUCAUCAUGGACGGGCCGCCAGCACAGAGCUUGGGGGUUGAACCUGUUGACAGGGACACCAUCAAGCAGCCCCCCAGGUGCAUCACAGACACCAUCCUCAGCAAGUCCCUGAUCCUGAAAAUCUUCAUGUCAGCAAUCAUCAUCAUCAGCGGAACCCUCUUUGUCUUCUGGAAGGAGAAUCCAAAGGGGGGGAUAACUCCUCGAACCACAACAAUGACUUUCACCUGUUUUGUGUUUUUUGACCUCUUCAACGCCCUGACAUGUCGCUCUCAGACAAAGUUGAUAUUUGAAAUCGGCUUUUUCCGAAACCGCAUGUUCUUGUAUUCCGUGCUUGGCUCAUUUUUGGGACAGCUGGCAGUUAUCUACAUCCCUCCACUGCAAAAGAUCUUCCAGACAGAGAAUUUAGGAGUGGUAGACCUGCUGUUCCUCACCGGCCUGGCUUCCUCAGUGUUCGUGGUGUCCGAGCUCAUCAAACUCUGUGAAAAGCGCUGCUGCCCCCAAAAGCACACCAGGGGACGUCACAACUGACUGAGACUGCUCUGAAAUGCACCUGGAACACGGCUGUGACAAUCCCAAUCCACCACUGCUGCCCCCCAAAGCACACCAGGGGAUGUCACAACUGACUGAGACUGCUCUGAAAUGCAUCUGGAACACAGCUGUGACAAUCCCAAUCCAUGGCUUUGUGACCCACACAUCCUUCCUGAAGGUACUCAAGUGCAGCUGUACCAACAGUCCUUACACCAGAGACUCUUCCACCCCCUGCACGUGAGCUGUCUGCAGAAACCUCCAGAGUGGCUCCUUUUUUAAAC